GCGUCGCGUUACCGGUGUGUUGGCAGCCGGCGGUUCGUUUCGGUGAGAACGACUGAGGAAACGGUGCCAGAACCGGGAUGGAGCGGCGAUGAAACACAGCCUUUACACACCGAGAUUAAAUUUCCAAAUCUGACUGUGAAAUACACAGAGAGCGGUGACCCAAUGCACUCCAUGCGGGUUUCCAUUCGUGGUGUCUCCAUGUUCUCCUCCAUCACCAGCUCCAUCUCCGACCCACGUUUCCGCUUCCGAUGGAGAGCCAUCACGGUGGUGACCGUCCUGGCUUUGGCCAUCCUCAUGUACCUGCACCAAUCCUCAUCCAGCUCCACUGACAGCAAAGUUAGGAGUCAGCGCUCGUGGAGAACCAGCCGAGACGUGUCAGGCGCAGAGUCAGGUGUGUUGACCGCGGCUGAAUCUCUGGACUCGCGUUAUAACGACACGUAUCCGCUCAGUCCUCCGGAACACACGGCCGGCGGGAUCCGGUACCGGAUCGGAGUCAUAGCAGACCUGGACACGAACUCACGCAGCCAGAAGGACAACACGUGGUUCAGCUUCCUGAAACGAGGACACCUGCUGGUGUCCGACAGCGGGGACCGUGUGUCCGUGGAGUGGGAUCCGGAGACGGUGGUUCUGGAGAGUCAUCUGUCGGAGAAGGGCCGCGGGAUGGAGCUGUCCGAGCUGGUGGCGUUUAACGGGCACCUAUUCAGCGUGGACGACCGUACGGGUGUGGUGUACCGGAUAGAGGGCAACCGCGCCGUGCCUUGGGUCAUCCUGCCGGACGGAGACGGCUCCGUGUCUAAAGGUUUUAAGGCGGAGUGGCUGGCGGUGAAGGACGAGCAUCUGUAUGUCGGUGGUCUCGGGAAAGAGUGGACGACCAUCACCGGAGAGUUCGUCAAUAAUAACCCCGAGUGGGUGAAGGUGGUCGGUUUUCAUGGUGACGUGGAGCACGAGAACUGGGUACCGCGGUAUAACGCGCUCAAGAAAGCAGCAGACAUCAAACCACCAGGUUAUCUGAUCCACGAGUCGGCCGUGUGGAGCGAGCGUCUCCAGCGCUGGUUCUUCCUCCCGCGCCGAGCGAGCUCCGAACGCUACGAGGAAGCGGCAGACGAGCGCCGAGGCACAAACCUGAUCCUGAGCUGCUCGCCGGACUUCAGUGAGAUCUCAGCCUCACACAUCGGGACGCUCAAACCCACGCUCGGCUUCUCCUCCUUCAGAUUCAUCCCAGACACAGACGACCAGAUCAUACUGGCGAUCAAAUCAGAGGAGGACGCGGGCCGAACCGCCACGUACAUCACGGCCUUCACGCUGGACGGACGAAUCCUGCUGCCCGACACCAAGAUCGGAGACCUCAAAUAUGAAGGACUAGAGUUCAUCUAGACAGACCUCAACAGCAGGCAUCCGUCACUCAUUAGCAAAGAAACGGCAGCCAGUACAUUUUCAGAGAUGUGUGCUGUGUGCAGGAGAGCUGCGACGAUAAAUGUGACCCUGGAGCACAAAAGCACAAUUAUACAUUUCUCUUUUAUGCCAAAAAUCAUUAGGAUAUUAAGUAAAGAUCAUGUUUCAUGAUGAUAUUUAGUAAACUUCCUACCGUAAAUAUAUUAAACUUCAUGUUUGAUUAGUAAUAUGCAUGGCUAAGAACUUAAUUUGAACAACUUUAAAGAUGAUUUUCUCAAUAUUUAGAUUUUUUUGGAACCAUCAGAUUCCAGAUUUUCUAAUAGUUGUGUCUCGGACAAAUAUUGUCCUCCGAACAAACCACACAUCAAUGACAGAUUAUUUAUUCAGACCCUUAUGACUGGUUUUGUGGUUCAGGGUCACAAAUCGAUGCAGAAUUGCUUCUGAGCUUAGUUUUUAACAGCAGAUGGCGCUCUACUCUCCUAAUUUCACCUCAGCUCACAAUGCUUUUAUGUUUUUGUUUCUGAAGCUUGCAGCGCCAUCUACUGUUCAAAACUACGCUCAGAAUCGACUCGAGAAAGACUCGCAAUAAUCUCAGAAUCGACUAACUUCUCGAUUCGUGAUCCGUCGAUCUAUUUUCUCAGCUCUAGUAUGCAGACGUACGUCCUCGAUGUGGGACGAGACGCAGAGAAACGCUCAGGGGACUGAAGCAACGGGAAACAGAUGCAAUAAUAGAGGAAACCUCUAAUCGAACAUGUCAGGGUUUCUGCAGGUUUAAAACCUAAAACAGUAUAUUUUUCUGUAUGUAAGAAAACAGUGUAUCUGACACUGUUCUGCGUCUGAAUAAACACAAUUCUGAAAAAACCUGCAUAAUGAAUAAAUGUGUUUGAGAAAUGCACUAAUGAGAAUAAUUCCAGUAAUUGUUU